GAGCCUAGGGCGGCGGCGGCGGCGGCGGCGGCGGAGCAGGAUGGAGAUCCCGGUGCCUGUGCAGCCUUCUUGGUUGCGCCGCGUCUCGGCCCCGUUGCCCGGGGUUUCGGCUCCCGGGCGCCUGUUCGACCAGCGCUUUGGAGAGGGGCUGCUGGAGGCGGAGCUGGCUGCGCUCUGCCCGGCCGCGCUGGCCCCCUACUACCUGCGCGCACCCAGCGUGGCGCUGCCUACCGCCCAGGUGCCGACCGACCCAGGGCAUUUCUCGGUGCUGCUCGAUGUGAAGCACUUCUCGCCAGAGGAAAUCGCCGUCAAGGUGGUUGGUGACCACGUGGAGGUGCAUGCGCGCCACGAGGAGCGCCCGGAUGAGCACGGAUACGUCGCGCGCGAGUUCCACCGCCGCUACCGCUUGCCGCCUGGCGUGGACCCUGCUGCCGUGACGUCCGCGCUGUCCCCUGAGGGCGUCCUGUCCAUCCAGGCCGCACCUGCGCCGGCCCAGGCCCCACUUCCGUCGCCGCCGGCUGCUGCCAAGUAGAGGUCCAGGCCUUGCCUGAAUCCCGGGAGCCCCCUCAGGCCCCGAGUUUUAAAGCCGACCUGACUCCACCCAGCCAGAUGUCCCGGAGAGCGCGCCAAGACUACCCGCCAACCCAAUCUGGGAUCCGCCUUGACCCUUCCAACCUAGACUCAGCCCUGAAAACCUAGACCUUUCCACUGAAACUCUCGCUCUCACACCCUCUCCAGCUUUCAGACCCCCCUCACCCCUCUAACUUCCAGACCCUACAAGCACAAUCCCUCAGCCUACAGUGUCUCAUCCCCACGGAUCUCACUUGGCAUAUAACCCCACUCCAAACUCCCUUUUUCCUUCUGACUCCUCUGCAAAAAGAUCUCCACAUCCCGUUUCAGUCUUCCCUCCUGCACCAGCACAUAGUGUAGACAGCCCUGCCCCCUACCCUAGGCCUAGGCCAGUUAAGUAUAACCCACCCGCCCUUGCACCCAACCUUUCCCUCAAAUGUCCCAGACUCUGCACAGACCUCCUAUCCUGUACCACCCUGGCCUGGUCCCGAAGACUCGGCAUCCUUCCCCUCAUUCCAACCCCACACUUCACUUCCCCCAACCCUAUCUUCUGACUUAAAACCCCAGCCAGACAUCCCCAGACUCCUGAACCCCUUUUCUGACCCUCACCCUUGUAGACCUAGACCAACCAGCACCCUCAACCUCAAACUGUACAGAUACCCACCCCAUCUCCCAGACUGCACGGAUAUCCCAGGCCCCCAUCCCCAGCUCUAACCAGAACCUCUCCAGUCACUUUCUCUUGACCCCCAAGUCUCCAACCACAUCUCCCAGGCAAUCCACCUUCCACACCACUCCCCUUCUUCUCAAUCAAGCAGCCACUUUCUUUGAUUCCCUGCAAUCUUUCUCCCUCCUCAUUCCUAACUGCCCCAUCCCCUCACCUAGGCCCACUCUCCUAAUAAAUGUACUAGAGCUGU